AUGAUGAAGAAGCCUCCUGAGGGCCCCGCAGCAGCAGCAGCAGCAGCGGCAACAGCAGCAGCAGCAGCGACAAUAACCCGCGCAGCCGCAGAAGCAGAAAUAGUUGCAUCAGCAGCAGCAGCAAUCGCAGCAGCUUUUGCAGCAACAGCCGCAACAGCAGCAGCCGCAGCAGCGGACACAGGUGCAGCAACAGCCACAAAGGCAGCAACAGCAGCAAUCACAGCAGCAGCAGCAAAAGUGGCAGCAGAACCGACAGCAGCCACGGCAACAGCAGCAGUUCCAUAG